AUGUGCGAUGUAUGUGUUGACUUUCACGACCUUCUGCUCUCCUAUGAUGAAAGGUCGAAGGAAGAAGAUGGUUUGGCAACACUUUGCAUUUCGGAUGUGGACAUCACGUUACAUUAUGUUAAUCAAUGGGUACAAAGACAAUGUAUGUGCUGUUAUCGAGAAAUAAAGAAUUUCGAUCGUUUCAUACGGCUCACUCAGAGCGUCGUAUUAUGCACGUUGCAACAAUUACAAAUUAUCCAACAAAAUGGCCAGACAAAUGUGGAAAAAGCACCAUCCAAAGAUGAAAAGAAAGAAGAAAAAAUAGACGAUGCUAAAAUAGAAAACACAGAUUUUGCACAAGCCGAAACGCAAGCAACUCAAAACUGGUCUCAGCAAGAUAGGGAAAAAUUGUUUCAUCUCCUUUCAAAGAUAUUUUUAUUAAAUUUUCCUCUUUAUAUUGCAAUGAAGCAUGGUGGUGUGAUCAAUCCCUUAGCUCCAGUAAAAGAUGAAGGAGGAUAUUGCGAGCCUCACGAUCCAGAAGUGCCAGCUCCUUUAAUUAGAGCAGUUUCCAUAUUCUGCCAUGAUGAUGGUUUCAAUUUAAUGUCUUCUUGUUUCGAUAUGGAAAACACGUUGCCCGUUAGCCUCGCGCACUCGAUGGUCGCAGUGAUUUGUAAUUUGAAACUUUGGUUGAACUACGGUAGCGUUAUUCAACUGUUUAUCCCAUUACGCAGUCGAGUCAUGAAAUACAUGUGCCGCUUAGCAGACAAAGAAUUACGCACACAAGCAGUUAGAACAAUGGCAGAUUUCAUGUGGAGCGCCGUCAAGGAUCCUAUAGAUGCCGUUCUACCAAGUUUCGAUCGUGACGGACUGGAUCUGGCGUUUAAAUAUUUUACCAGUACGACUUUGACCAUGAGACUAGCCGGGAUAGCUCAGAUAAACGCUCAUAUCACUGCGUUCAAUGAACUCUGCAAUAGCGAGACUGUCGCUGAAGUAGAGCAAGUUGGCCACGCGUUGGCUGCUUGGCUGACAGAAAACAAUAUAAUAGCGCAUAUAUUCGGACCAAAUUUACAUGUAGAAGUGAUUAAACAAAGCCACAUUGUGUUAGGGUUCUUAGCCAUGGAAGGCAGAAUAACGUGCUCGGACAUGGACACCAUGUGGCAAGCAGCACAAUUGAAACACUGCGGUCGUCCAGUAUAUGAUUUAUUGGCACCCUUAGUAAAACAUUUGGCUCCGACCCCGGUUUUACAUUUGUAUUCUUUGUUAGGAAAAUUAGAGCCAAAGGAUCACACAGAACAGAGUUUAUUCCUGGCAUCUGCUUUGAUAAAAUUUAUUUGGACAGCAGGUGGUUCAGGUUACCCAAGAGGUUUAUCGAUAAAGAAUAGAGAAAUUUUGAGAGGCAAUAGCGGUAUCGGUGGUAGUAGUACUAGCGAUCCUAGUGGAAUGGAUGGCAGCAGUCCGGACGAAGACGAGGAAGAGCCGAGUCCUGCGCCAUCCGAAGGACCGUCGCCGCGCAAACAAGCACGAGGCGAUAGUAGCGAUGGAGAAGGUCCAUAUAAAGAAAAAAGUGUAGGCGUAGCGAUUGUACAAACAAGUUUAACCGAAGGAGAUGAUUCCGCGAUAGAAAAGUCAGAGUGUCUCGUCGAGUCGCGGAAGGAUUCUACGUGCAGUAUACAAGACGAUAUAAAAGAGAAACAGAGUAGUUCAGACGCGGAGGCGGAUACGGAAAAGUCUAACGCGGAGGAAACGGUCGCAGUGGAGAAGAGAAAAAGGAAAGUGUUGAGAAAACGGAAGAAACCGCAGAAACGUUCGUUAGCUUCUGUAGAUAAGACGUUGGAAGGUAUCGUCAACGAAGAGAGUAACAUGAAAACUAAAGAUUUAAUGUUGGAUAUGAAAUAUAGACCGGAAGAUGUAUUAAAUAGUACUUUGGACACUAGUGGAUUAGUCUCUAUGGACGAUCCGAAAGAUAUCGACGCGCUAGAUCGCGUGAAACAACAAGCAAUGGCGUUGGAUCCGAGCGAUCAACAAGUUCCAACAACCGCAGCGCUUCUAAGAAGAGCUAAUAAGAAUAAAUAUAUGUCGUUAGUUGGUCAUAACGUGGAUCGGGCUGCUGAUUCCGCGGAUACUUCGCACGAUGAAGAUGACAGCGAUGUAGCUGGUGUCCUCGCAGCGGCAGACGGACCAGGCGCCGUUAUAUCGGAGCUUGCCGGUUUGGUGCACGCGAGUGGACCUACGUUUUUACCGUCGGGUUUGGACGAGAUGCUUUCGGACGAAGAGGGAUCGUAUAGUAGUAGAAUAUCUAAUAAAAGCGAGAAGAACAUGGCAGAUUUCGAUGGAGAAGAGAGCGGUUGCGAAGAAGAGUUAGCCCAAUUAGCCGCCCGUCAUUUAACAGCUAUACAAAUGCAAGCGUAUCAUCCUCAUCACUCUCAUCCGACAAUGACGAUCAGGCGAUCAGUUUGCCGUCUUCCUCAAGUCAGAAGUAUUCGUCAAACAGUUACACGCGUCAAUUCUCAGUUCAACUUGGAGACCGUGUGCAAACCUGGGAACACGCUGCUGUGGGAUCUGUUGCAAGACGAUAAAAUCGGUCAGUUAGGCGAGGGUCUGGCGUUAGAAGCUGAGAAAGCUCUAUGCAAUCUCCUUUGCUUCAACGUCGAUCGAUUGAUACCCAUGAAGUUCAUUGAAGGGUGCUUAGAGAAUCUAGCGACCAACCGUUCUGUGGUCGUCUCGUUAAGAUUGUUACCGAAACUGCUUGCCAGUUUUCAACAGUUCGGCGCGAUGGACGCACACACGAUAACGACGUGGGCCGAUCGCGAGCGUGGAAUGAUGAAACAUUUCUUUAACAAUCUGAAGGCGUACACCAGCACGGGAUCGAAGAACGGCUUGUAUUCCCAUCAAACGGAAAUACAAGUUAGACUACAGUUUUUAUCGUCUAUUUUUUCACCGCUAGGCUCGCCCGACUGUUUUCGCCUAAGUCUGGAACAAGUCGACAUAUUGUGGCAGUGUUUGUCGCAAGAUCCGACGUGUGCAGACGAGCUCUUCAGCUGGCUCCUCAGCCAAGCGAAAUCGACGGAGCAGCAUGCGCUCGGGAUGGACACCCUUAAACAUUUAUGUAUGCGUAAACUACCGAGUUUGCCGCCGGAGACUAUCAGUAUGACAGGCCUCAGUCUAUUCCAGCAGUUGUGCAAUCUGGCCCGUUUAGCUGCCGCGCAUUUAGACAGACCUUUGAGAGACGUGGAUUCAGUUGGUAUGGACUUCCUUUGGAGAAUCGCAUUAAAAGCCAAAAGUACGGACGUCAGUAUGGCAGCUAUUCAGUAUUUGAACGGAUAUUACAUGUCCAGACAGCUGACUCAAGAAGCUGAAUUCGUUUCGCAAUGCAUGACGCAUCUCGCUGCGGCUAGUGCCGAUUUGGAAACGAACGAAGAGGCCAGCUUGCGUUGCAUACAAAGAGCUUUGUUACUAUUAAGGACGCACUUAGAAGCGUUUAGAAAACGGUACGCGUAUCAUUUACGUCGUUGGAUAUUAGAAGGCAGAGGCGCUGGUAGCCACGUGGCUAUGAACACUUCGGACAAGGGGCAACAGAUAAGAAUAUUCGUGCAACCAGCCGGGAUCCCUGAGAAGACGAGUUUUACUCUCCUUAGUACCGAUUACGUAGCUGACUUGAGAGCCGAAGUCGCUAAAUGGUGGGACGACACGCAGAACAAUCAAGAGAAAUCGAUGUCUACUACGAAUUCGAGUCAGAACAAUGGUUCGGUGCUGGGUUCGUUAUUGACCGACGGACCGAUUAGAAUGAUCACCCAAGGCCAGGAAUUAACAAUCGAUUUUGAUGAAAAAACGUUGCAAGAAAUGGGAUUCAAAGACGGUCAAUUAGUGUUCAUAUCUCCCGGCGCUAGUCGUAGUAACGGUACUGGCAGGUGCAACAAACGAGACAUUGAUUCGCCAUCUCUUUUACCGCCACCUCCUCGAGACUCUCUGCCGACUUUAUUGCUGUUACGACCGCAGUAUUUCGAACAGCUGUUCACGUUGAUGAGAACGUUGAGCGCUAUGAAAACUGUCGUUAAAGGUGGUCAAGAAAUUCAUCAUACGAAGGCACAAGUACUUUCCAGGAGGGUUUGGGACACGUUGACUCUGCUACCAACUAGUCCAACAUUGUUGAAAGGAUUCCAAAAGUUGGGAGAAGCAAACCUGCCUGAGUUGUUAGAUCCUGCUAGCCCUCAGAAACUCAUGUAUUCUUUAUAUAUAGUAGAGUCUUUAAGUAGACGUAGUACAACGAGUCAGCCUUCCGUCGUGAACGUCGCGUCGACCGCGUCCGAGGGCGACGGCGACGCGGACGAUAAUCACGAGGACAAGGAGAGAGACGUGGCUUGGUCCACGUUGUUCGUUCAGCACGGAGGUUUGCGUCAUUUGUUCGAUAUUUUUAUGUCCGGAUGUUUGGAACAAGGCGACGGCAGCGAAUGGCAGCAGGACUGUCUCGCUAGUUUGCUGAAGCAACUGUGUUAUCUGGGCGUGAUCAAAGAACAGAAGAAACGAAGUAAAGCGGAUAAGCUGCUCGUACCUAAGUUAAGCGAAGCGAUGCUCUCGAUGAUGAACGUCGAAGCUGUUAUGUCCCGAAUAACAAAUAUAUUGAACGAAGCAUCCUUGCCUAGAGAUCCGAACCAUUAUAAGACAGGGCUCUUUGGAAGAUCGCAAGUUAUACAUUACACGAUGGCUUUGUUAGUCUGUUGGGUGCACAGCGAUGAAACGGUUAAACAGUAUCUGUUCUCAGGACCGGAACCUUUCGGAAGAACCUGGCUACGAAGACUGGUAUUGGAAGAUCCCGAGCCAGCCGUGAGAAGAGAAGUUUGCACGGCUCUAUACAGAUUGUGUUUAGGAACAACAGGAUCCGAGGAUGACAAUCCUGGUAUUCCCAGCUUGAUCGUACCGAUGCUAAAUACGCUGUUGGAGCAUCUUGAUAUCGCGGAAGCGAUGCAGCCGUCUCAUCGGAAACCGGAUUUACCGUUGCACUUACAUCCAGUACUCGACGAUGGAAAAGAACCGUACGGACCUGCUUGCAGAGAUUACUUUUGGCUCAUUUGCCGAUUAGUCGACUCCCUUCCCGAAGAAGUUAUUAAAGAAGGCUCGGACGAUUCCAAUCUAACGAUAGAUCUGGAGGCUUUGGCGAUAAGAGUGAUCGACUCGGUUUUAAACAGAGAUCACCUCGAGACGCGGCACAAUACGGUGGAAGACGAUGGUCUGGUCGGAUUAUUAAAUUUAACUUGCAACAUUAUGACUCACAAUCCGCCUUGCAAGCAAGGAAAAAUCGGUCAGAACUUACUGCACGAAGUGUUCGAUUUUCUGUUCGCGUUACCGAAUCCACGAUCGAAGUAUGUGCCGAAAUGUAAGAGCCAAGUUUCCAGAUCCGCGGCGUUCGAUCUUCUGGUCGAACUCGUGAAAGGAGCUCCCGACAAUUAUAGAAUUCUUCACGAAAAAUUGUUGGCUCAGCACAAGCCUGGGCCGCAUUCUCCGUACCCGUGGGACUACUGGCCGCACGAAGAUGGCCGUUCCGAUUGCGGCUACGUAGGCCUGACCAACUUAGGUGCCACUUGUUACAUGGCCAGCUGCAUGCAGCACUUAUAUAUGAUGCCACAAGCGCGAGUCUCAAUAUUAGGCGCCGAUUGCAACAGAGCGAACAAGCAUCAGCUCACGUUAAGAGAGCUGCAGAGGAUGUUCGCGUACCUGUUAGAGUCCGAGAGGAAAGCGUACAAUCCCCGCAGCUUCUGUCGCGUGUACACGAUGAAUCACGAGCCCCUCAACACCGGAGAGCAAAAAGAUAUGGCUGAAUUUUUUAUAGAUCUUGUUUCAAAAUUAGAAGAGAUGACGUCGGAUCUAAAGAACUUGGUGAAGACGCUGUUCUGCGGUGUGAUAUCUAACAAUGUUGUGUCGUUGGACUGUGAACAUGUUAGUAGGACGCUCGAGGAGUUUUACACUGUGCGUUGCCAGGUGGCUGACAUGAGGAAUCUUUACGAAAGUUUGGACGAAGUCACGGUCAAGGAUACUUUGGAAGGAGACAAUAUGUAUACGUGUUCUCAAUGCGGUAAGAAAGCGAGAGCUGAGAAGAGAGCAUGUUUCAAAAAGUUGCCUCACAUAUUGUGCUUCAACACGAUGCGAUACACGUUCAAUAUGGGAACCAUGCUAAAGGAGAAGGUGAACACGCAUUUUAGUUUUCCACUGAGAUUGGACAUGUCCGGGUACGUCGAGAAAAAACUUAUGCCGCAGCAUUACCAAGAAGAGAAGAAAGCAUCCGAGAAGAGGAAAUCGGAAAACGAUUGUCAAUCCGGAUUAGAAAACGACGACGACGACGGGGAAAGAGAACAUUAUCAAUACGAUUUGAUAGGUGUCACGGUCCAUACCGGCACGGCCGACGGUGGUCAUUACUAUAGUUUCAUCAGAGAUCGCACAUCGCCAAACAAGGAUAAAUGGUUUUUAUUUAAUGACGCGGAAGUGAAACCCUUCGAUCCGAAUCAAAUAGCAGCCGAGUGUUUCGGCGGAGAGAUGACAAGUAAAACGUACGAUACCGUCACGGACAAGUUCAUGGACUUGAGCUUCGAGAAAACGAAUUCGGCGUACAUGCUCUUCUACGAAUGGUGCGCUGACCCUGGUGAUCAAGCGAAGGAAGAGGAAGCUACUGUUUCCAGCCCGAACGGGCGGCAGUCCUCUACGUUCGUUCACAAGACUACCAAUAAAUUACCACCGUUAGAAUUGAACAAGGAACUCGAGGAUUGGAUAUGGCAGGACAAUAUGCAUUUCCUCCAGGACAAGAAUAUAUUUGAACACACGUACUUCACGUUUAUGUGGCAAAUAUGCGGUUACAUACCGCAAACGUUGCUCUCCGUGCAGCCCGAUAUAACGGAGAUGUCAGCGGAUCUCUCGACGUCGUUUUUUAUGGAAACGUUUAUCCAUGCCAAGGAGAAACCGACCAUGGUGCAAUGGGUAGAAUUGUUGACGAAACAGUUUAACGGUUCGGCCGGUGCGUGCGCCAGAUUUCUCGAGAAGAUGGCUGGAGACUCGUGGUGGCCGAUUCAGAUUCUAGUCAAGUGCCCUAAUCAGAUGGUUAGACAAAUGUUCCAAAGGCUAUGCAUUCAUGUGAUACAACGACUGCGCGCUACUCAAGCACCUUUAUACCUUCUUUGCGACGAGGAGAACGACGUGAACACUGUCGGCACGAGAUCGUGCGUGACGAGAUUCGUGAGGAUGCUCCUCUCCCUUAUGGAACACGCGAAACAACAUUUGAAACAUCUUACGGAAUAUUUUAGUUUUUUAUAUGAAUUUAGUAAAAUGGGCGAGGAGGAGACGCUGUUUCUGAUAAGGGUGCAAGCCAUAUCCACUAUGGUCAAUUUUUAUCUCGGGCACAAGACACACGAAUUCGUUGACGCUGUCAGCGAAGAGGAAGAGGAAGAGGAAAUAGUCGCUAUGCCAACUGAGAAAUUGAGACCAGCUUCCUUGGACAAAAUGAUCACGUUAAUAGCAACUUUGGUCGAACGCAGCAGAGGACCCGAUCACAGACUAGCACUGUCCCCGGUGGAUCUGAGCGCGGUAGCAGGUGGCAAAGGGUUCCCGUUUUUGUAUCAACAGACGCGGGACGUUAUCAAUCUGAAUCAAACACGAAACUUGAUACAAUCGUUAUGCCGUUGGAACGACAGGCUAGCCAUACACAUCGUAACAAUGAUAUUUCAAGCUAUAACUAAGCAUAUGGAUGUCUGUCAACCGUUCUUCAAGCUUCUCACGCUGUUAACCGAGAGCUCGGGAUUAAGCGGACUACCUUGUAUGACUCAAUUGAUAUUGGGGAGAGUUUGGGAAGCGGCUAGAGUGGCUCCACACGGAGCGUUAGAAUGGCUAGCUCUGGCCGUGACAAGGAGUAAACUCGCUCACGCUUGGGUGUUACAAGGAUUGGAUACGUGGCUGCAACAUUUUCUGUUGGAGCAUUCGAAUCAAAGGGUUCGCUCUGCAGCUGCUUUCCUUCUCGUGUCGCUAGUCCCGUCGACACAUUUCAGACAGGGAUAUCGUAGCGCUCAUAGACUAGGUCUAGGAUGCAAUACGUCCAGAGAGCUGCAACUAUCGCCGGAGGCUACUCUGAUACUCCAUAAAAUAUAUACGGCACUCUUAAGGUUGUUGCAACCCGCAAGGCAUUACAUUGAUAUACAGACUCACGGUACAAUGAAACUCACUGCCUAUUUUGCAUUACUCACGUACUGCGUGGUCUCCAAGACGGAAAAAUUAAUGUUCGGACAAUAUCUGAACGAUUUAUGGACACUUUUUCAUCCGAAACUUUCUGAGCCUAGCAUUCCAGUGCAUCAUAAUAAACAAGCUGUGCUACUGUUUUGGUAUCACGUUUGUUCCGAUUGUCCGGAAAAUGUCGCUCUCAUUCUUCAUAAUCCUCACAUAACUAAAAAUAUUGCAUUUAAUUAUAUACUUGCUGAUCAUGAGGAGCAGGACGUGGUAUUAUUUAAUAGAGUAAUGUUACCUGCUUACUACGGUUUACUACGAUUAUGCUGUCAACAAUCACGCACCUUUACGAGACAGUUAGCUGCACAUCAAAAUAUUCAGUGGGCAUUUAAAAAUAUAACACCUCAUCCUACUCAAUAUUCGACUGUAAGUCUUGUACACACUUCGAGUCUAUUCCAUUACAGAACUUAUAUCUUAUAGAUGCAAUUUUUCUUACAGGCUGUGGAUGAGCUAUUUAAAUUAAUGCAAUUGUUAGUUGCAAGACACCCCGAUCAGACAGAACAAGAGGAAGCAGAGAUCGCGUCGUUUAGGCGGGGAACCUUGUCUUCGUACUUGCAAGGAUUGGACGGACGAUCGUGUUGGGCUACGCUUAUUUCUGCAUUUCGCAUUUUAAUUGAGACGGACGACGAUCGCCUUUACGUUGUUUACAACGGAGGAUUGAGCAUGGCUUUGGAAGCGUUUCACAUGCUCCACAUCAUGUAUCACGAGGCAACAGCUUGUCACGUUGCCGGCGACUUGGCUGAACUGAUAGCCAUCAUCGUGGAACUAGUGCGAUGCAUCAGAACGGCUAGGGACGGACCGGAUGCGAGAAAUAUAUUAGGAAAUUGCAAAGAGUGGCCGGACAUUUUACGAAAAUUAGCGACGUUAUUGAACACGUACAAUCCGCCGGAUAUGAGGAACCUUGCUAUCGAUCUAUUGAAGGAACUCGUGAUGCUCGUCCCCGCCGAGGCGAUCUCGAUUUUAGCCCCGUUGCUCUCACACUGCCAUGCAGCUCUUCAAGAGUCUCACGCCGCUGUCCCGCCUGGCCCGUAUCUUCCAAGGAGAUCCACCCCGCCAGGGAAAAUGCCUACGCGACCUGCACGGCCGAUGGUUCAAAUGGCAGUGCCACAUUCUCAACUCGAAGCGUCGAAGGGCGUAGAUCCGGAAUACGAUAACGCUCUGCUCGAGUUUUAUUUGCCGUAUCACGAACUCAUCGACGUAAUGUGCAGAUUAGCGAUUAAUAACGAUUGCAUGACCGACACGUUGGUCAAUCUCAGCGCCAUGCUUGGAUUCGAAGGCGUCCCGUUGCACUUGGCUCUGUUCCCCAGGCUGUGGUUAGAUGUUCACGCCGCUACACACAUAGACAGAAAACAUAUUGCAUCUCUUCUUUGUUCUUCCUACACGGUGGACUACGUGGAUGCUGUGUUAUUGGACGAAAGAUCGUCGUUGGGCAUACCGGCGAUCCACGCGUUCUUAAAGACUUUCUUCCCAAAACUCGCCAAUCAUGUACUGACCGAACAAACUUGUUUGCUCAUCGACAAUUUAGUCAGCUCGAUGGUGGCGAUGGUGGAAGCAGUGGAUAUUCAAGCAUCCGCGCAUAGACUGACCGGAGAUCUGAGAGCACUGGCUCUUGUCUAUAGCAGCAGCACGAGGCUGAAACCGCCCAGCAGCUUGUUACCGGCUUUAGAAAUGUUACUGUCUCGUACCAGAGCCAUCAAAGUGAAAGAGUCUAGCCAACAGGAAACGGAGGCGCCCACGAAAAAACGUAAGUUCAAUGUCAGCGAGGACAGCGAGGCUGCGAACAAGGAACUGCAUCUACAGAUCAAAGACUUGGAGGGACCGAAAAGUGUUCCCGACAUAAACGUCGAGGAGAAAGACAAAGCAGAGAUGAACGAUGUGACUUCUUCUGAUUCCGGGGACGAUGAGACCAUAUCGAGGAACAAUAUUCAAACGGAAAAUAUUCCCACGAACAUCAGUACCGUCUCUCCGAGUUUAAUCGAUACUAACAAUUGUACGAAUCAGCUGCGAUGCUCGUUAACUAACGUUUCCUGGUUUGAAAUGUUGGAGAAGACGAUCGUCGAUCUGCAAACUAUUGUGCAGUUGCAAACGAAAAGUAACUAAUUCUCUGCGUGUUUUUUGAAUGGUGCUUUUACCUUAGAAGCAUACAAUACAGAACUAAAUUUAUGUGUAACUGUGUGGUUCUUUAAAAUAACAGGAUGAAAAAUUGAUUGUCACAUGAAACGUUUACAAAAGAAAAAAACAAAAAAAGAAAUGGACAAAUUUCAGUGCGUUUGUGUUCGAUGAAAAGGAAAACGGGACAGCAAGAGGAUACCGUAUAUGUAUCUGAUGUGACUUAUUUCCCGAACGUGGGUAAAUAAGAUGAUAGCGCUUCGUUGUUUUUAAGUUGUAUCAACACAUUGGAAGAGGAAAAGGAGGGGAAAGAAACGAGCAACAAGGGAACGACAGAGUAUCAGUUCGGACUGAACAAUUUUUAUUUUACGUAAUAAAUGUUCGUUAGUGCUGUGAGAUUACCUAUCUCCUGGCAAGGUUCACACUUUCACGUGUAUAAUAAUGUACGCCGCCCAGUAUUCGAUAACCGGACUUGUGAAAGGGAAGCCUCGAGAUAGUUUAAGAGAUAUAACAAUUACACACAACUUCUAUUGAAACUGCUAUUAUUUUUCUAUGCUUAUCUCAAUUGCCGAGGGUCAGGUAUUACAGGGUUCGUUCAAUUCUUCAGAAUACGUAUAGUAUAAAACAUUAUACAUACAAUAGUAUUCCUUUCUGAUCAGCUGUAAAGCUAGAUUUAAUUAUUUACCGAUCUAUAAGCUUCAUUAUCUUGUCAUUGUAAUAUACUUUUCAUCAUGCCUUUUUAAUACGUUUCUAAAUAAUUAAUCAUGUAAUUUAUGAACGAUUAAGUACUUUUAUCCUACGGAUCAUUGCCUGUUUUUCUAAACUAAUUUACGCGUACGGUUGUUAUUAUUCUUUUAUGCCUGAUAGAAAAAAAAUGAAAAGAACAGAACAAUACUUCUUUAAUAAGCCCGAAGGAUUUAGUUUCAACGUUUUGAGAAAGUUUUUAAACGUUUACGAUGGAGGAGUAGAUCAUAUUGAAAUUAUAUCGGAUACUUUCAUUUUGCACAAAUCACGAAAUUAAGAUAUGUUACUUAAUUUCCAUUACAAUUGUGCUUAAUUAAAUGUGAAAUUUUAACCAUCUCUCAAGAAGAAUUUUAAUUGUAAUUGGCAUCAAUAAAAGAUCUUAAUUCUACCUUCGUUCGUGGUAUAAUAAUUCGACGAUAAAUAUCUCACAUCACAAAUGAACAAUUAUCAAAUUCUCAAGUUUCCUCAAACAGGCGAGUCUGGAAACAUAUCCGUGUAACAAUAAAUUGGUCUACGUGUCUACGUGAUUCAUUCACGUGCACUUUAUCGUAUUUAUUAUUACUAAAUAAUGAACUUGCGUUAUUAAAGAAGAAUAUAAGUAUUUAUUGUU